UUCCUUGGCCGUUCGACACCGACAGUCCUUAUGCCGCGGCCUUUACCUCUACAGUUGUUAUCGUAGUAUUUGUUUAGUUUUGUAGUUCGUCUGCUUAUUACAACUUUUAAUAUUUGACACUUUUAUAAAAAUUGUCUAAUUGUGCUACUUUUGCUGGAGGUGCAAAUACCAACAUUAUAAGACAAGACGAGCUUACAAUAAAAGCAUUGGUUAUUGAUUAAACGUCUAAAUCAAAACACGCUAAACGUCAGUGUUACAUGGAUACACGGUCUAUACUCGAUCCGCAAUUUUACAGAAGAGUGCCACUUUUAAAUCCUCGAAGCCCUGCACUGGACAUGCCCAUGAGGCAUGAGAUUCCGAGGGUGAAUGCAUCAGUUCCAGACCAUUUGCGUGCUUGAACGUAUCAGUUAUUAUGAAAAAGCAAGAGAGAGUCAUGCUCUGCAGGAAAAAGAAAAAAGAUACACCAUAUUUGAAACUGGAGAGAUGUACUUGGGUGAAAAAAUCACAAUUGAUAGAAUCAAAUGGGACCUUCUGCAAGUUGAAAAACCAUUAUAUUUUUUUGGUGGACUUGCGAUACACCUAUGGGGGGGACCGAGACAGCUAGCCAAUAGACCUCUAGACUUAUCUAAAGUCAAAGAAAAUAUACCUGGUAGAUCGCCAGUCGCAGUAAUUGAAGCAAAUCUUCUUCGUCUUCAAAUCAGUUUAUAUUUCGAUUUCCUAAAAAGAGAUAAAACAAUGACAAACGUUGAACGGGCAAAACUUUGAUCAGAAUCUAUAAAUAAUAUGAGAUAUAAAAUUAGAGAUCUACGAACUAAAGAAAAAAAAAUGGCAAACUGAAACGUUCCGAGAAACGUUAAUGCAGCACAGAGGAAGAAAAUGCGUUACAAUUUCAAGACUAAAUAUAUGUUUUAAAGUUUUUAUUAUUGUAUAUCCAAAUACGAAAAUCCUGAGAAAAUUGUUAAUUUAGUUUUAAAAAGUGGAACAAACUCAAGUACUAUCAAGUAAUCAUUAAAAAAACUAAAAUUAUUAAAAAUAAUUUAUAAAUCAUAAAAAGUAUUAAUAAAUUAUCUAAUCAACACA